CCGGUUACCUCAUACUUCCGGGCCCUUAUUAACUUACCUCAUAUUAUAAUCUCACCCACCUUCAUUCCCUCGAUAAUUAAGUGAGUUUUGUACGGAUAUAGGAAAAUGGCAAGCUCAAUUGUAAGAAUAAGAGCUUUACAGCUCGGCCGUCAAGUUAGGCAUUUUAGCUCUAGCCCUGCUCGAUAUGCGGCCGAAGUUAAGAGUCUAGGCGUCCUAGGUGCAGGUCAAAUGGGACUUGGUAUUGCUUUAGUUGCUGCUCAAAAGGCUGGCGUUCCCGUCACACUUGUCGACUCAUCACAGUCAUCUCUUGAUAAAGGAUUGUCAUUUGCAGAGAAGCUUCUAUCCAAAGAUGUGUCGAAAGCGCGACUCACGCAAGAACAAGCGGAUGCGGCAAGGGCUUUACUCUCACCUACCACAUCAAUUGAAGAGCUCUCGGGUGUUGAUUUUGUAAUCGAGGCCGUGCCGGAGAUCCCCCAGCUGAAGUUUGACAUCUUCUCAAAGCUGGCGGAAAUCUGCCCGAAGCACACAAUCUUAGCAACUAAUACGUCUUCCAUCUCGAUUACCAAAAUCGCGGCUGCAACUACUAAGGAUCCUAAGGAUACGUCUACGAGUUCUCGCGUGGUAUCAACCCACUUCAUGAACCCAGUGCCGGUACAGAAGGGCGUCGAGAUUAUCAGCGGGCUGCAGACAAGUACAGAAACCGUCGAGACCGCCGUGGCUUUCUGCAAAGCCAUGGGUAAGAUCCCUUCAGUGUCCGCGGAUUCGCCGGGCUUCUUGGCAAACCGGAUUCUAAUGCCUUAUAUCAAUGAGGCUGUAAUAUGUCUGGAGACUGGCGUCGGAGAUCGGAAUUCUAUCGACGCCAUUAUGAAAAACGGUACCAAUGUACCGAUGGGGCCGCUCCAACUUGCCGACUUUAUCGGAUUGGAUACAUGCUUAGCUAUCAUGAAAGUUCUUCAUCAAGAGACAGGGGACUCUAAGUACCGACCGAGUGUGCUACUCGCUAAGAUGGUGGAUGCUGGUUGGCUAGGGAAGAAGAGUGGUAAGGGAUUUUAUGACUAUUAGAUGAAUGAGAUGUGCAGGCCACCUUAUUGUAUACCUAAUUAUCUCAAUUGAGCAUGAACUUGACUCCUAUAGCCAAAAUUGACAGGUGUAUCCUUAUUGACGACUUCAUCCGCACACGGCGUCGGGUCUCAGGGAUUGGAUCGAGUUCUAGUUUUUUUCAAUUGUUUCCCUGUUGAAACAAGUGUAUUUCGAAUGAUAGAAUAAGAAUCUAUACUUCGUCAUAUCAUGUCAGUUGGCAGGUCACUCAUCUCCUGACUCAAUAGUCAAGCU